CUUCCACUUCGCGCCGCCGCCCGCCUCCCCGGCUCGCCGGCUGGCGUCGCCACCGCCUCCUCGUCCCCGGUCGCCGCUGUCGCCGCUGCUGCAAUCCAGGACGCACACUCUUGCACUUUCCCGCUGGCCGCGCGCAGGGUGGUCCCCUGCACCAGCCCCGAAGAGCAGCCCCCCCACCCCCGCCCCGCCCCGGACCCGGCCCGGAGCAGGCUUGGUGGCGAGAAAGGCGAUCCCGAGUCGGCUUUGCUGGAUGCCACUGCAGCGGCUGGCAGCGGGGAAGGCGCCCACGGAGCGGGCGCGCCGAGCGGGACGCGCGAGUCGCCGAGGGAGACCCCGGCGCCUGCUGGGCUCCGUUGGCAGAGUUUGCAAGUGGCCGAGACCCCCCUCAGGUCGCAGCUCCAAGCCUUAAUGCUUGAGCCGAUGGAAGCCCACCCACUUCUGUUUCCAUGAGGUGGACACGCUGAGCUUGGCUGCCAUCUGCAGAAGGGACCAGAAAACUGCCCUGAGUGAAAUCAUCCAGCCCUGACAGGCCUGAGGAGCCAGGAAGAGGCGAGAAGUGAGCUGGCAGAUUUCUCCUGCGAUUGCUGUGGUCAAAGUUCUUUGGGAACUCUCCAUGACAAAGAACAAGAUGUAGGAAAAUGGGACCAACUCCUGGAUGUUGGGCCUCUUUUGUGGCCCAGAGAAGCUCGCCUUGACCACAGGAGGGUCCUGUUCUCUUGGUCUCGGCCAAGUGCCAGACUUGGCCUUCUGCUCUGGUUUUGGCCAUCACUUUCACGGAGGAAAGAAGACUGCAGACCCCCAGGGGUUCCAUCCCUAAGGGAAGCUUGGGAAACGCAGCCCCCUCCUUCCCCUUCCUGAACCCCUGACCUACCAGCCGAACUCCCAGCGAGCCAGUCCGGAAUGAGCCUGCUAUGGCCAAGCUCUGGUUCAAAUUCCAGCGGUAUUUCCGCAGGAAGCCUGUGCGUUUCUUUACCUUCCUGGUGCUCUACCUGACGGCCGGGAGCCUGGUCUUCCUGCACUCUGGCUUUGUGGGCCAGCCGGCCGUCUCCCAGAGCCAGGCCAGCCCUGCCGCAGGGGUCCCGGCUGAGAGCGCCGAGCUGCCCUUCUUGGGCGACCUGCAUCUGGGCAGAGGUUUCCGGGACACGGGCGAAGCCUCCAGCAUUGCCCGCCGUUACGGACCCUGGUUCAAGGGCAAGGACGGGAGUGAGAGGACCAAGCUGAGUGACUACGGUGGAGCCUGGAGCCGAGCCCUCAAGGGGAGGAUCGUCCGGGAGAAGGAGGAGGAACGAGCCAAGUACAUCGGCUGCUACCUGGAUGACACCCAGAGCCGGGCCCUGCGAGGCGUGUCCUUUUUUGACUACAAGAAGAUGACCAUCUUCCGUUGCCAGGACAACUGCGCAGAACGGGGUUACCUGUAUGCCGGGCUGGAGUUCGGAGCCGAGUGCUACUGCGGCCACAAGAUCCAGGCGACAAACGUGAGCGAGGCCGAGUGUGACAUGGGAUGUAAGGGCGAGCGUGGCAGCGUGUGCGGUGGCGCCAACCGCCUCUCCGUCUACCGGCUGCAGCUGGCCCAGGAGUCUGCUCGCAGGUAUGGAAGCGCAGUCUUCCGAGGCUGCUUCCACAGACCUGACAACCUCUCCCUGGCCUUGCCCGUGACAGCUGCCAUGCCAAACAUGUCCGUGGAUAAGUGUGUGGACCUCUGCACCGAGAAGGAGUACCCGCUGGCCGCCCUCGCUGGCAAUGCCUGCCACUGCGGGUUCCCCACAACGCGAUUCCCCCUCCACGAGAGGGAGGACGAGCAGCUCUGUGCCCAGAAGUGUAGUGCAGAAGAAUUUGAGAGCUGCGGGACUCCCAGUUACUUCAUCGUGUACCAGACACAAGUCCAAGACAACCGCUGCAUGGACCGAAAGUUCCUCCCAGCCAAGUCCAAGCAGCUCAUCGCUCUGGCCAGCUUCCCCGGUGCCGGCAACACUUGGGCUCGCCACCUCAUUGAACUGGCCACCGGCUUCUACACCGGGAGCUAUUACUUCGACGGUUCCCUCUACAACAAAGGGUUCAAAGGCGAGCGGGACCACUGGCGCAGCGGCAGGACCAUCUGCAUCAAGACGCACGAAAGUGGCCAGAAGGAGAUUGAGGCCUUCGAUGCUGCCAUCCUGCUCAUUCGUAACCCCUACAAGGCGCUCAUGGCCGAGUUCAACCGCAAGUACGGCGGCCAUAUCGGUUUUGCUGCACACGCCCACUGGAAGGGCAAAGAGUGGCCGGAGUUUGUGAGGAACUACGCCCCGUGGUGGGCCACUCACACGCUGGAUUGGCUCAAGUUUGGCAAGAAGGUGCUGGUGGUGCACUUUGAGGACCUGAAGCAGGACCUCUUCGUCCAGCUGGGCCGCAUGGUGAGCCUGCUGGGCGUGGCCGUCAGGGAGGACCGGCUACUGUGCGUAGAGAGCCAGAAGGACGGCAACUUCAAGCGCUCGGGCCUCCGAAAGCUCGAGUAUGACCCCUACACGGCCGACAUGCAGAAGGUCAUCUCGGCCUACAUCAAGAUGGUGGACGCGGCCCUUAAGGGGAGGAACCUCACGGGCGUCCCUGACGACUACUACCCCAGAUGA